CGAAGCUGAUAUUGGAUGGGGAGUGUGUGAAUGUGUGUUUGAGGAGAGUUGUGAUUAAAUGUGUGUACAGCAUUUAGUGACUGUACAGCAUGUGCACAUAUGAGUGUGUGUGUGCGAGCAUGUGUAUGUAAGAUCAGGAAGCGGAAACAGUAGUUACCUGGAAGACCUAGAAGAAACAUGGAGGACAAAGAAUGCAACAGCGUCGGCAUCAUGAGGCUCGUAUCAGAGGAGAGCUGUAGCUCCACUGUGACAGACGAGUCGCGUGUCUACUACCAGACUGAGAUCUUUGACCAGCUCCCCAGCUCUCUGGCCCGACGGACCCACCACCACCAGGACAGGGGGACCACGGAGACAUCGCACCCAGUAGAGAUGCACCCUGGCCAGGCAGGAGGAGCCAGGGACAGGGCCCCUACCCAGCCGAUCAGGAGCCUGCCGGUCUGUAUGCAGAGGAAGAGAGAGGCAAGAUAUCUGGUUUACCUGAACCUGCUCCAGUGUCUGGUCAUAGGAGGGACCAUACUCACACCAACAGCAGUCUAUGACAGCGAUGGUGACAGAGGACUUCUGAGGUUUGAGGGCAAUGACUCGGUUUUGGACUUCUUCGUUGGUUCGGGUUUUCUAGAACGUUCUCCAAUGUUCUAUGGGUUCUAUGCAUGUAGUUCUCUGGACCUGCAGUGUCUGAACACGCCCCUCCUCUUCCUCCUCGGAACCCUCACCGUCCUCAUCCUCAGUCUGGUCAUGGUGGUCCGCAGGACGGUUGUAGGCUACAAGCACACGUGGUUGCUAGGCAACCACUACAACAUCCACAUGAGCUACAAGGUGUUCUGUGGGUGGGACUUCUGUAUCCAUGAUCCCGAGGCCGCCGCCCACAAACUCAGCUUCAUCAGGAACGAACUGAAGUUGUACCUAGAAGAGGAAAGGUUCCAGCAGCGCGAGGCCAGGAGGACGUUGGGUCAGUGGGCACACCUCUACUCCCUGCGAGGGCUGCUUCACUUCCUGGUCCUGGUUCUACUGGGCGGAGCCUUCUGUCUCAUCUACUAUGCCACCUUGGCCUCACAGGCUGAGAGGAGUGUAGACUAUUUGAUCAUCAGGGUGCUUCUCCAUUACCUUCCUCCCAUCGUCAUCACCCUAGUCAACUUCUUCCUGCCUCACGUCUUCCGCCAUAUCGCUUCCUUCGAGGAUCACUCCCUCACCACCCAGGUCAAUGCUACCAUCGUCAGGAGUAUUUUCCUGAAGUUGGCCAGUCUGGGGAUGUAUCUCUUCUUCCUCUUCAGAAACAGAGAACAGGAAUGUUGGGAGAAUCAGUUUGGUAAAGAGAUGUACAAGCUCUCUGUGUUCGAUUUCCUCGCCUGUUUCUGCAACACCUUCUUCAUCGCCUAUCCUAGAAAGUGGUUGGUGGAAAGGUACCCAUCGUCUUGGCUGGCGCGGUUGUCGGGGAAACAACAUUUCCUGAUCCCGUUCAAUGUUCUAGACCUGGUGUACAGUCAGACGGUCACCUGGGUAGGACUGUUCUAUUGUCCCCUGCUGCCAUACAUAGGGAUUGUCAAACUGGUGGCCAUCUUUUACAUUAAGAAGUUGACAGUACUCCAGUGCUGUGUUCCGGCCCAGAGAAUGUUCCGUGCCUCCAGUUCUUCAGUUCUGUUCCACUUCAUGUUACUACUGGGUCUCAUCAUGGCAGCCAUCACCCUUGGAAGUAACCUCCAACAGUUUCCCCCCUCCCCCAGCUGUGGUCCGUUCGUGGGCAGCGCUACAGUGUUUAAUGUAACAGCUGUGUGUGUGGACAGUCUGCCAGGACUGGCCCAGUCCACCCUGAGAUACCUGUCCUCAGAGGCCUUCAUUCUGCCUCUGAUACUGGCUCAGAUUGUUGUCCUGACCACCUUUGAGUCACGGAGGAGAGCAAAUGGAAACGCCAUUGAGAGACUGAAGGACAUGCUGGUGAUGUGCACCUCAGAUAAGCAUUUUCUGCUGAAGCAGCACACUCUCUCACUCAGACGCCAGAAGAAAACCUUCAAGGCCCCCACCACUGUUUCAGGCACGAAAGAGGGCAGCCCUACCACCAAGAAGGACCCCUCAGCAGGCAUCGGAGAGGACAGCCAUAUCACUCAACUGAAGGACCCCUCUGCACAGCCUACAGGAGAUGACAGCCCAUCAUAGAGAUAGAGGACUCAACCCAAA